AAGAAAGUAAAAAAUGGUCAAAGAUUAGAUAGAUAGGAAAUGCAAACACUCACUCAGUGGCCCGCAGUGCAGUAAAAAACAGAAUGUUUAUAAACAUACAAUGAUAUGGUUGUGGUGAUGAAACCAGAGACAAAGGCGAAUGAACUACAUGCUCCGUGGCUUUUAAAUUAAGCAAACACUGAACAAAUUACAAGUCCAUGCAGCUUCAGAACAUGAGUUCGAUCAAGAGGCCUUCUCGAAGAAAUUGGUCUUCCCCUGCACUAGGGGCUAAUCAGCUCCAUCCAAUCAAAGGGAUUUUGGGCUGUUUGCAAUCGCUCAUCACAUGCCCACAAGAAAGGGCCAACUCCCUCUCUCGAGCAAAGCACGCAAAGUCGCAGUGCAACCCGAGAUCAGCUUGUUUGAGAAGGACAUCAACCCCCGCUUUUUCAGCGGAGAAGAAGAUUCCUUCCGCGAAUGAUUCAGAGCCGUCCAUCUUCUCCACACAGGGGAUGGCGUGGAACAUUUAUUGCAAACAAUAAAUGUAACCAC